AUGGAGCGGCUCAUCCUCACCCAUCUCCGCUCCGUGGUCAGCCCCACCCUGGACCCGCUGCAGUUCGCCUACAGACCCAACAUCGGAGUAGAGGACGCCAUCAUCUUCUUCCUGCAGCAGACGCUCUCCCACCUGGAGCCUGCCGGGAGCGCUCUGCCGUCGCUGCUGGAGUCAGACUUAUUGAAGGUCUGUUUGUCUCAGCACAGUCCUCCCCUGCCCCAGAUCGACCACUAUACAGGCUCUACGUUUGUGUGUCAGAGAGGAACCACGUUGGAGCGACUAGAGCAGAGAGCGACAGCAGGGGGCGCCACACAACAACUCUCACUCUGUCUCACAGACUCUCACUCUGUCUCACAGACCUCUCACUCUGUCUCACAGACCUCUCACUCUGUCUCACAGACCUCUCACUCUGUCUCACAGACUCUCACUCUGUCUCACAGACCUCUCACUCUGUCUCACAGACCUCUCACUCUGUCUCACAGACCUCUCACUCUGUCUCACAGACCUCUCACUCUGUCUCACAGACCUCUCACUCUGUCUCACAGACCUCUCACUCUGUCUCACAACUCUCACUCUGUCUCACAGACCUCUCACUCUGUCUCACAGACUCUCACUCUGUCUCACAGACUCUCACUCUGUCUCACAGACUCUCACUCUGUCUCACAGACCUCUCACUCUGUCUCACAGACUCUCACUCUGUCACACAGACCUCUCACUCUGUCUCUCAGACUCUCACUCUGUCUCACAGACUCGCACUCUGUCUCACAGACUCUCACUCUGUCUCACAGACCUCUCACUCUGUCUCACAGACUCUCACUCUGUCUCACAGACCUCUCACUCUGUCUCACAGACUCUCACUCUGUCUCACAGACCUCUCACUCUGUCUCAGACUCUCACUCUGUCUCACAGACUCUCACUCUGUCUCACAGACCUCUCACUCUGUCUCACAGACCUCUCACUCUGUCUCACAGACUCUCACUCUGUCUCACAGACUCUAACUCUGUCUCACAGACUCUCACUCUGUCUCAGACUCUCACUCUGUCUCACAGACCUCUCACUCUGUCUCACAGACCUCUCACUCUGUCUCACAGACCUCUCACUCUGUCUCACAGACUCUCACUCUGUCUCACAGACCUCUCACUCUGUCUCACAGACCUCUCACUCUGUCUCACAGACCUCUCACUCUGUCUCACAGACCUCUCACUCUGUCUCAGACUCUCACUCUGUCUCACAGACUCUCACUCUGUCUCACAGACUCUCACUCUGUCACACAGACCUCUCACUCUGUCUCACAGACUCUCACUCUGUCUCACAGACUCUCACUCUGUCUCACAGACUCUCACUCUGUCUCACAGACUCUCACUCUGUCUCACAGACUCUCACUCUGUCUCACAGACUCUCACUCUGUCUCACAGACUCUCACUCUGUCUCACAGACUCUCACUCUGUCUCAGACUCUCACUCUGUCUCACAGACCUCUCACUCUGUCUCACAGACUCUCACUCUGUCUCACAGACUCUCACUCUGUCUCACAGACUCUCACUCUGUCUCACAGACCUCUCACUCUGUCUCACAGACUCUCACUCUGUCUCACAGACCUCUCACUCUGUCUCACAGACUCUCACUCUGUCUCACAGACUCUCACUCUGUCUCACAGACUCUCACUCUGUCUCACAGACUCUCACUCUGUCUCACAGACUCUCACUCUGUCUCACAGACUCUCACUCUGUCUCAGACUCUCACUCUGUCACACAGACCUCUCACUCUGUCUCACAGACUCUCACUCUGUCUCACAGACUCUCACUCUGUCUCACAGACUCUCACUCUGUCUCACAGAGUCUCACUCUGUCUCACAGACCUCUCACUCUGUCUCACAGACUCUCACUCUGUCUCACAGACUCUCACUCUGUUCACAGACUCUCACUCUGUCUCACAGACCUCUCACUCUGUCUCACAGACCUCUCACUCUGUCUCACAGACCUCUCACUCUGUCUCAGACUCUCACUCUGUCUCAGACUCUCACUCUGUCUCAGACUCUCACUCUGUCUCACAGACUCUCACCUCUGUCUCACAGACUCUCACUCACUGUCUCACAGACUCUCACUCUGUCUCACAGACUCUCACUCUGUCUCACAGACCUCUCACUCUGUCUCACAGACCUCUCACUCUGUCUCACAGACCUCUCACUCUGUCUCACAGACCUCUCACUCUGUCUCACAGACCUCUCACUCUGUCUCACAGACUCUCACUCUGUCUCACAGACUCUCACUCUGUCACACAGACCUCUCACUCUGUCUCACAGACCUCUCACUCUGUCUCACAGACCUCUCACUCUGUCUCACAGACUCUCACUCUGUCUCACAGACUCUCACUCUGUCACACAGACUCUCACUCUGUCUCACAGACUCUCACUCUGUCUCACAGACUCGCACUCUGUCUCACAGACUUCUCACUCUGUCUCACAGACUCUCACUCUGUCUCACAGACUUCUCACUCUGUCUCACAGACUCUCACUCUGUCUCACAGACCUCUCACUCUGUCUCACAGACUCUCACUCUGUCUCACAGACUCUCACUCUGUCACACAGACCUCUCACUCUGUCUCACAGACUCGCACUCUGUCUCACAGACUUCUCACUCUGUCUCACAGACUCUCACUCUGUCUCACAGACUUCUCACUCUGUCUCACAGACUCUCACUCUGUCUCACAGACUCUCACUCUGUCUCACAGACCUCUCACUCUGUCUCACAGACUCUCACUCUGUCUCACAGACCUCUCACUCUGUCUCACAGACUCUCACUCUGUCUCACAGACCUCUCACUCUGUCUCACAGACUCUCACUCUGUCUCACAGACUCUCACUCUGUCACACAGACCUCUCACUCUGUCUCACAGACUCUCACUCUGUUGUCUCUGAGGCGCAGAGGAGCAGAGCUGGUCCAGGGUUUGGACUUGGUCAGAAUCCAGUCUCCUCAGACCACAGACCUGGCCUUCCCCCAGUGAUGUCACCGCACACAGAUUGUAUUUAUGCCGAGGGGAAGAUGGUGCCGUACCACAGAGCCCUGCGCUCCUCACUCACCUGGUACCACAGAGCUCUGUGCUCCUCACUCACCUGGUACCACAGAGCCCUGUGCUCCUCACUCACCUGGUACCACAGAGCCCUGUGCUCCUCACUCACCUGGUACCACAGAGCCCUGUGCUCCUCACUCACCUGGUACCACAGAGCUUUUUGCUCCUCACUCACCUGGUACCACAGGUACCACAGAGCCCUGCGCUCCUCACUCACCUGGUACCACAGAGCCCUGUGCUCCUCACUCACCUGGUACCACAGGUACCACAGAGCCCUGUGCUCCUCACUCACCUGGUACCACAGAGCCCUGUGCUCCUCACUCACCUGGUACCACAGGUACCACAGAGCCCUGCGCUCCUCACUCACCUGGUACCACAGAGCCCUGUGCUCCUCACUCACCUGGUACCACAGGUACCACAGAGCCCUGCGCUCCUCACUUACCUGGUACCACAGAGCCCUGUGCUCCUCACUCACCUGGUACCACAGGUACCACAGAGCCCUGUGCUCCUCACUCACCUGGUACCACAGACUUUAG